UCCUCCGUUCAUUGCAUAAGGACAAAUCAUUCAUUCGGCUAUUGCAUAAGGACAAGUCAUUCUUUCAUUCAUUGCAUAAGGACAAAUCAUUCAUUCGGCUAUUGCAUAAGGACAAGUCAUUCUUUCAUUCAUUGCACAAGGAUAAAUCAUUCAUUCGUUCAUUGCGCAAGGACAAGUCAUUCUUUCAUUCAUUGCCCAAGGGCAAAUCAUUCAUCCGUUUAUUGCACAAGGACAUAUCAUUCUUUCGUUUAUUGCAUAAGGACAAAUCAUUCAUCCGUUCAUUGCAUAAUUACAAAUCAUUCUUUCGUUUAUUGCAUAAGGACAAAUCAUUUAUCCGUUCAUUGA